AUGCUCAAAAUCCCCGCGCUGGCUGAGUAGACAGGGCGGCAGCAGAUGGGACUGCGAGAACAGUCGACGCCUUUUAGGUCACUCUACAUAGUCCACGAGGCCAAUUCGUCUAUAGCAAGAUUCCAACGUUUAUAUACACAAUUACAGUGAAGCAUCACUUUCAAGAUUAUAAAGCACGCGAGAGGAUUGCGUUAAUGUCGUGAUAUUCAGGUGGGGAUUCAGUUCGAUUCGAAAGAUGAUAACGGACAUGCAUGCAUCCAAAAAUACAUGAGUACCUACUUGCAUUUCUCACGGUAUCUACUAGUCCAAAUUGGGAUGGCGUCCCUUCAAGCUCGGAAUAAAAAGCGCAAGGAGCGAUUUUGACCUCUACAGUUGGCGGCCAAAGCUCCAUCGACAUUCGAUCCCUCCUCCAUCGCCUCUGCAAACCGCCGACACCACAUCAAACCGCCCACCAUGUCGUACCCGAGUCUCGCCCCCUUUGUCAUGAAGCGCCCAUGGCUGCGCAACCUCCUCACGCCUCUUGCCGGCUGGUACAGCAAUGCCGCCGGCUACCGUCAGCUCGGUCUUCGAGCUGAUGACUUGAUCGUCGAGGAGAACGAAGACGUCAUUCUAGCUCUAAAGCGCCUCCCUCCCCAAGAGGCCUACGACCGUGUCUACCGUCUCCGCCGCGCCAUCCAGUGCAGCGUCACCCACAAGCUGCUACCUAAGGACCAAUGGACGAAGCCCGAGGAAGACGUUCCUUACCUAUCUCCCAUCCUAGAGCAGAUUCGGGCUUCCCACGCGGAGAAGGAGGCACUAGACUCAUUAACCGUCAUCAAGGGUCACUAAACCAAGUCAAGAAGGCGUUGCAAAUGAGAAACGCGACCAUCUCGGGCGAACGGAGGAAGUAAGGAUUGCUUCAGCCGAACUUGUACAAACAGUUACAACCCUGCAAUAGAACAAGGCAAAUAGAAGGAGGUCCCCCUAUUCAACCAUCUCCAAGGCUCUAGCAGGCCAAUGGUCGAAUUUCGUGUAUGGUAUACGGAGGGUCAGCUGUAACGACCAUUGAUUCACAACUUCUAUGGUAGUUCCUGUGAAUUCCUUAAAUUCCAAAUGUGUGAGAAGCGUUCCCUCUCAGAUCACGACUACGCCCGCGGCCCAUACAUGCAUAUAACGCUAUUUCAUGUGGCAAAACAACCUCGCAAGGUUCGAAGUCAGCCCACCUCGCUGCUCAUACAACCCCGCACCUACACUCACCAUCCUUACUGCUAUAUAAGAUAGCCGCCAGAGCGUAAAGAAAGUGAGAAAAGUGAUAACUAUAGCCAAGCUUC